CUAGGGGAGCUAUAUAUACAUAAAAUAUACGUAUCAUCACAUCCCUUUUGGCUAUCAAGCAGAAAACCUAGUUUUUGUGGCCGCCAAACAAACAACUUAGCAAACAUGAAGUUCAAUAUUGCUAAUCCCACCACUGGCUGCCAAAAGAAGCUUGAGAUUGAUGAUGAUCAGAAACUCCGAGCUUUCUAUGACAAGAGGAUCUCACAGGAAGUUAGUGGAGAUGCCCUUGGGGAGGAGUUCAAAGGUUAUGUUUUCAAGAUCAUGGGAGGAUGUGACAAACAAGGUUUCCCAAUGAAACAGGGAGUCUUGACUCCAGGGCGUGUUCGCCUUCUCUUGGUGAGAGGAACACCCUGCUUCCGUGGUUUUGGAAGGAGGAAUGGAGAAAGGAGGAGGAAGUCUGUUCGUGGUUGUAUCGUAAGCCAAGAUCUUUCAGUUCUGAACUUGGUUAUUGUGAAGAAAGGUGACAAUGAUCUUCCAGGUUUGACUGAUAUUGAGAAACCUAGGAUGAGAGGUCCAAAAAGGGCAUCAAAGAUCCGUAAGCUCUUUAAUCUGUCCAAGGAUGAUGAUGUUAGAAAGUAUGUCAACACAUACCGCAGAACAUUUACUAACAAAGCCGGGAAGGAGGUCAGUAAAGCACCAAAAAUCCAAAGAUUGGUUACUCCAUUGACUCUGCAGAGGAAAAGAGCAAGAAUUGCUGAUAAAAAGAAGAGAAUUGCUAAGGCAAAAUCUGAGGCAGCUGAGUACCAGAAGCUUCUUGCUUCACGACUGAAGGAACAGAGGGAGAAGCGUAGUGAAAGCUUGGCCAAGAAAAGAUCAAGGCUUUCUACUGCCUCUAAGCCAUCUAUUGCAGCUUAAGGUAAGAAAACUACAGUGUCUUAGUGUUCUAUCAAAAGAUGAUGUGAAAUUUUGCUGUUGACUUGAUUUUGCUCUGUUUUAAUAGUAUUUUGUAGUUUUAAAUUCAAAAUAUUUGUUGUUACAUUGGAAUUCAGAAUCUGGGUUUUUACCCAUGUUGGUUGUUAUUAAGAUGUUGAUGAUGUUUUGUGCUA